UCCCUCUCCUUCGCAGCCUCCGCAGGUCCCUCUUAAGAGCGCCUGCGCUGCUGGCCACCCGUCGGCAGGUCGCAGCUGUUAGGGCCGCUUGCCUGCUCGCCAUGGCCAUGGCUUCCCCGGCCAUCGGGCAGUACCCUUACCCGCUGCUACUGGAUAGGGAACAGCAGCUCUUCCUGCAGAGCCUGAGCGCCAACGAACGGAAGAAGAUCCUCAAGGGCUCCGCUUCCAAUGACAUGAAGCAGCCGCCGCCGCCGCCGCCCCCCUCCUGCCGCGGGAGGCCCCUCGGGAGCGCAGUGGAAGCAGAGCGCGGGGCGGCCGUCGGGCAAGCGGCUGAGGACGGAGCCGAGAUUCCCGGGGCUCCCCUCCUUCCUGGGAAAGAGGCUGCGAUGGUGGCUCACUUAAUACCCCGGGAGCUGCCCGCUUCCCCCGGCCCCGCAGCCAAGCCCUUCCGCUCCGGGCAGCUGCACCACCAGCGGCUCCGACUGAGAUCCGGAGCUCCUCGCCUGCUGCCCGACGUGCGCACCAUUUUCGAGCAGCCGCGGGACCCCCGAGUGCGAGAGGAGAAGGGAGAAGGACACCGCUUCGAAGGCUUUGCCCUCUGGAGGGGCUGGUGCGACCUGUGCGGGGAGGCUGUGCAGCAGCGGGCACCGCGCUGUGCCAACUGCAAAUACACCUGCCAUCAGGAAUGCAGAAGACUCAUCCAGCUGGAUUGCAGCCAUCGGGAAGGAGACACCCACAACAAACCUUCACCAGAAAAUACCUUAACACAGAACUAUUGCCAG